AAAAGAAACAUAUGACACAACCAAACCUAAGACCAGCAACUGAGCAUCCUAGCAGUAGAGGCACUCAACAGAGGCAAGAAGCGUAUCACAAAAAACCACAUAGCAAGAACAUCUUCUAUCGCCAAAUUAUACCCCCAAGCACUACAUAA